AUGUCAACUCAACAAUAAGAAACUGUUGUCGAAGAACAAAAAGUUCAAUAGCCAACUGAAGGAGAAUAAGAAGAUUAAGUCAAGCCAUCCUCUGUAAACCCUUAUGAAGUUGGUGAAAAUGUUGAUUACGAUAAGCUUAUAUCUGAAUUUGGAUGCUCAAAGAUUGAUUAAAGUUUAAUUGAUAGAGUUGAAAAGCUUACUGGAAAGAAGGCACAUCCAUUUUUGACAAGAGAAAUCUUCUUCUCUCAUAGAGACUUAAAUUUAAUUUUAGAUAAUUAUGAAAAGGGAAUCCCUUUCUAUCUUUACACUGGUAGAGGUCCUUCCACUGAAUCUAUGCACUUGGGUCACUUGAUGCCUUUCAUCUUCACUAAAUAUUUGUAAGAUGCUUUUGAUGUUCCUUUGGUUAUUUAAUUGACUGAUGAUGAAAAGUUCUUCCAUAAGGGAGAUUUUACUUUAGAAGAAUACCAAAAGUUAGCUAUUGAAAAUGCUAAGGAUAUUAUAGCUUGUGGUUUCGAUAUUGAAAAAACUUUUAUUUUCAGAAAUACUGAUUAUGUUGGUCAUAUGUACCCAAAUAUUUGCAAAAUUCAAAAGGCUGUUACUUACAAUCAACUUAAGGGUAUUUUUGGUGUAACUCCAAGUGAUAAUUGUGGUAAAUUUGCUUUCCCAGCAGUUCAAGCCGCUCCUGCCAUAUCUACUUCUUUCCCUCACAUUUUCGGUAAUAAGAACGUUUUCUGCUUAAUCCCCUAAGGUAUUGACUAAGAUCCAUACUUUAGAAUGACUAGAGAUGUUUAAUAUAAGCUCAAGGUUCCAAAAACUGCUUGCAUCCACAGCAAAUUUUUCCCAUCUUUACAAGGUUUUGGUACUAAGAUGGGUAGCACAGUUCCUAACAGUGCUAUUUUCUUGACAGAUACUCCCAAGCAAAUUAAAGAAAAAAUUAAUAAAUCAGUAAGUGGAGGUAGAGCUACUAAAGAAGAAUAAGAAUAAUUCGGUGCAGAUUUAACAGUAGAUAUCCCCUAUCACUAUCUUAGAUUCUUCUUAGAAGACGAUGCUAGAUUAGAAGAAAUUAGAGUUAAGUAUAGCACUGGUAAGAUGUUAACUGGUGAAGUAAAGAAGGAAUUAAUAGGAAUCUUACAAAAGAUUAUUGGUGAUCACCAAGAAAAGAGAAAGGCUAUCACUAAUGAUAAGGUUUUAGAGUACAUGAAAAUCAGACCUCUUAAAUUCAAAACACCCUAAAACCAACUUGAAGCCAAACAAGAACAAUGA